AUGGGAUCUCGGCAUGGCCGGGAGGAGGAGGGCGGUCUGCACCGCUGCCUCAACUCCGGCCUGCGGCACUGCGGCACACGAGUGGGAGCCCCCGUGGGACCGCCACACACGCCGGGGCUGGCGCGGAGUUGGGCCCUCCCCUCCCGGCCUCCCUGUGGGCAAGGCGGCGCGGCGGCGGGCGCCGAGCAGGAGGCGCGCUGCAAGCGCGACGCGCCCUGCGAGGCGCUCCAGCGGAACGUGUGCCUGGGCUCGCCGCUGCCCUACGCCGCCACCUCCACGCUCCUGGCCGGCGACUCCGGCUCGCAGGCGGAGGCGCACGACAAGCUGCUGCUCUGGUCCGGCCUGCGAAAUGCCCCUCGCUGCUGGGACGUGAUCCAGCCCCUCCUCUGUGCCGUGUACAUGCCCAAGUGUGAGGACGGCAAGGUGGAGCUGCCCAGCCAGACCCUGUGCCAGGCCACUCGGGGGCCCUGCACCAUCGUCGAGCGCGAGAGGGGCUGGCCAGACUUCCUCCGGUGCACCACGGACCGCUUCCCCGAAGGCUGCCCGAACGAGGUGCAGAAUAUCCGGUUCAACAGCUCGGGGCAGUGCGAGCCGCCCCUGGUCCAGACAGACAACUCCAAGAGCUGGUACGAGGACGUGGAGGGGUGCGGCAUCCAGUGCCAGAACCCCCUCUUCACGGAGAAGGAGCACCGCGAGAUGCACGUCUAUAUCGCCGCUUUCAGCUCCGUCACUCUGUUCUGCACUUUCUUCACGCUGGCCACCUUCGUCGCCGACUGGAAGAACUCGAACCGCUACCCGGCCGUCAUCCUCUUCUACGUGAACGCCUGCUUCUUCAUGGGCAGCAUCGGCUGGCUGGCCCAGUUCAUGGACGGCGCCCGCCGCGAAAUCGUGUGCCGCGCAGACGGGACCAUGCGCCUGGGAGAGCCGACCUCCAACGAGACGCUUUCUUGCGUGAUCAUCUUCGUCAUCGUCUACUAUUCCUUGAUGUCGGGCGUCAUCUGGUUCGUGAUGCUGACCUAUGCCUGGCACACCUCUUUCAAGGCGCUGGGCACCACCUACCAGCCGCUGGUGGGCAAGACCUCCUACUUCCACCUGGUGACCUGGUCCAUCCCCUUCGUCCUCACCGUCGCCAUCUUGGCCGUGGCCCAGGUGGACGGAGACUCGGUCAGCGGCAUCUGCUUCGUCGGGUACAAGAACUACCGCUACCGGGCCGGCUUCGUCCUGGCUCCCAUCGGCCUGGUGCUGAUCGUGGGCGGCUAUUUCUUAAUCCGAGGUGUGAUGACGCUGUUCUCCAUCAAGAGCAACCACCCCGGGCUGCUGAGUGAGAAAGCUGCCAGCAAAAUCAACGAGACGAUGCUACGCCUGGGGAUCUUUGGCUUCCUGGCUUUCGGCUUUGUGUUCAUCACGUUUGGCUGCCACUUCUACGACUUCUUCAACCAGGCGGAGUGGGAGCGGAGCUUCCGGGAGUUUGUCCUGUGCGAGGCGAAUGUGACAAUCGCCACGCAAAACAACAAGCCGAUUCCCGACUGUGAGAUCAAGAACCGGCCCAGCCUCUUGGUGGAGAAGAUCAACCUCUUUGCCAUGUUUGGGACUGGCAUCUCCAUGAGUACCUGGGUGUGGACCAGGGCCACCCUUCUCAUCUGGAAGCGCACCUGGUGCAGGCUGACGGGCCAAAGCAGCAACGAGCCGAAGAGGAUCCGGAAGAGCAGGAUGAUCGCCAAGGCCUUCUCCAGGCGGAAGGAGCUGCAGCACAACCCCGGCCAGGAGCUGUCGUUCAGCUUGCGCUCCGCCUCGCACGAGGGACCAGUUGCCGGUUUGCCCUUCGACCUCAACGAGCCGUCGGGAGACGUGUCCUCUGCCUGGGCACAGCACGUGACCAAGAUGGUCGCCCGCAGAGGGGCCAUCCUGUCGCAGGACGUCUCUGUCACGCCUGUAGCAACGCCCGUGCCCCCCGAGGAAAGGGCGAGCCUGUGGCUGGUGGAAGGAGAGCUCUCGCCGCGGCGGGAGAAGAGGCUGGGCCGCAAGAAGAAGCGGAGGAGGAAGAAGAAGGAGGUGUGCCCCAUGGGGCCGGCCGACGGCGUCCGCGGCACGGACCGCUUCGCCAGCUCCGUCCCCCGCCUGCCCCAGCUCCCCCGGGCCAAGUGCUUCGUGGCCAGUCGCCAGGAGUCCCAGGCGCUGAACGACGUGCUCUCUCCGGGCGCCUUCCCCGGACGGAGGCCGGGCGGCCCCCAGCAGGAAGAUGGCUUUCCCUGGGCCCCCCGGGAGCCCCCGGCCGGCUACCGGCACAGCAGCGCCCUGAAUCUCGUCAGCCACCCCUUCUGCCCUGAUGCCGGGCCCCAGGAUGAGCCAGGCCCCCGGAGCGGCCCUUGGCUCUUCCCCGGGCCGCUGCCGCAGCAGGGGGGCCGGUUCCUCCAGCACCCCUCCCGAAGCGCCGCCUCGGCCUCCGUGCUCCUGGGUGGCGGUGGCAGCCCCUACAGGGCGCUGCAGACUCCCGGGAGGAGGGGCGCGCUGCCCCCCAUCAGCUCCAGGACCCACCUGAUGGAUGUGGAGCUGCUCGACCUCGACUCCGACUUCUAGGGCUUUUCCCCCGCGAGGCGCGAU